AUGUGGGAGCCCAUAGCAAAUUUGGAGGAGACCGAAAGGCAGGAUAAGCUCUCCUCUGCGAAGCAGAGAGAGGCCGGAUGUUGGGAAAAGUUCUACGCCGUGAUCAUCUGUGCCUUCGUAGCUUCAACUGGGCUCUUCCACGGCUACGACAACGGCGUGGUGAAUGGCGUCUUUACGAUGGUCAGCUUCAGGGAGAUGAUGGGCUGGCCGGCGACAGAGAGUGCGAGCGUCGCCUUCUGGGAGGGCCUCACCGUGAACGGCUUCAACCUCGGUGCGGCCGUGGCUGCUGUUCUUGCGGGCCACUUGCUCGUGGAUAGGCACGGAAGGCAUCCGGCUCUACUCAUGGGCUCCCUGCUUUUUGCCUUGGGCGGAGGACUUCAGGGGUCGGCACAGAACAGGGCCAUGCUGAUCGUGGGAAGGGUCGUGGCGGGCAUCGGUGUGGGCAUCACAUCGUCUGCUGGGCCAGCCUUCAUUUCGGAGGUCGCCCCGGAGAAGAUCCGGGGCAUGCUUGUGGGCAUCUAUCAAAACAACGUCUGCCUAGCCAUCGUGGCUGCUGCAGUGCUGAACUAUGCCGUCCAUGACACUGCGCUCGGCUGGCGCCUGUCUUUGGGUAUCCAAGUUGCCAUGGGUUUGUUGGUGGUGCUGGGCUUGUUCUUCGUCUGCGAGACCCCGCGGUUCUUGGAGACAGCCGGCCGGUCCAGCGAGGCCCUCGCGGUCCUGACGCGGCUGCGCGCGGGCGACCGCGAGGCGGCCCUACAGGAGUUAAAGGAGGUGCAGGUGGAGCUGGAGUCAGAGAGAGAGGCUGGGGAGGCAACAUGGUCCGAGGUCUUCACUACUCCCUUCUUCCGGCAUGUCGUCAUCAUUGGUUGCAUUAUACAGUUUUGCCAGAUCAUGACUGGCAUCAAUGCUAUCGUGAGCUUCAGCGGCACACUCUUCAAGUCUCUUGGGCUUCAUGGCAUCACCUUUGCCAUUAUCCCUUUCGUGGCCUUCGCAGCAGGAAAUGCAGUGGGGAGUUUCGUCCUGGUAGAUCGGGUUGGACGACGGCCUCUUCUUCUCUUGGGCAUGGUUGCCAUGUCUGCUGCAAUGCUUGUCGGCGGUGCUGUUGCGUUGCUUGCCCAAGAUCCCGAGACGGGGCACAUUGACAAGGUUUCCGGAUACACCAUCGUGUCCAUGAUCGUGAUGUACAUGUUCUCCUUUGGCAUCUCUUGGGGCUAUGGAGCUUGGCUGUACAUCUCCGAGAUCAUGCCCCUGCGCGUGCGCGGGAAGGCCGUGGGACUCUGCACAGCCAUGAACUGGGGGCCGGCAAACAUCUUAAGCGCUUUCGUGACGCCGCAGAUGAUCUCCUCCCCACUCGGCCCGGGUGGGACGCUGAUCUUCUUCGGAUGCGUCUGCUUCGUGGUGAUUCCCUUUGUAGCGACCUGCGUCCCGGAAACCAAGGGCAAAACUCUCGAGGAGAUCGUCCCCCUCUUCCGCUUCUCGGGUUGGAGGGGCUUCCGUGCCUUCGCCCGCGCGAACCUCCGAA